GUGGUCCGCCAUGAAACGCACAAGAAGAAGAAGCAGAAGAAGACGUCGUCACAGUUAGAACAAUGGUUUAGUUUUCAAAUCUUUGACAUUGUCGUCUUUCUAGAGUUUCCUCCCUCACUGUAUUAAUGUUUGUGCUGUUGCCCAAGGUUUGGGAUUUCCGACACUAGCUGAAUAGCCCCAAAUAGAAUGACGUGAUGAGAACUAAUGGAAAAUGAGAACAAUCCCCUCGCUGUGGCCACCAGCCCUGGCCGAAGUGUGGUUUUCUUUGACUUGGAGACAACAGGACUUGGUCAGAGCUGUGAAAUCGUCCAGCUGGCUGCAGUAAGUGGGGGUCACUCUCUGAACCUCUACACUGUCCCACGAUGUCGGAUGCAGCGUGGAGCCGCCAAGGUCACAGGCUUCAGAGUCCGAAGGCACAGGCUCUACCACCAUCGCUGCCCUGUCCUGACCAACACCCUCAAAGAAGUCCUAGUCUCCUUCAUAGCCUUCUUGCGCAUGCUGGACCGCCCAACGGUCGUUGGUCACAAUAUCCGUCGCUUCGACUGCCCUGUGCUAGCUAGAGCGCUUGACGAGUUUGACCUUAAAGCUGAGUUCCAGUUAGCAGUUUCUGGUUGCUUGGACACGCUCCCGUUGGCGCGAGAGAUUCUGAAGGGACGUGGACUCCAGAGUUUUCGGCAGGAAAACCUUGUUCGGAUAGUGGUUGGCAUCUCCUACGAGGCGCAUGAUGCCUUGGAGGAUGUGAGGGCACUGCAGAGGCUCUAUAGUGCCCUCAGGCCCACGCCAGAGCAGGUCCUCAGACAGAGCUUCACCCUGGACACCAUGGCAGAGCUAGCACCCAAGCAGCCCCCUGCAGCCAAGGCCAAGGGGUCCUGUAAGGCACCAGGUCAGUGGCCCCUGUGGAAGAACUUCAAACAGGCGGUGAAGGUCACAGAGGAACCCAAAGGGGGCGCCACAGGGCCAUAGUGAUGCAACUCUUAUAAUGGAUAAUGGUUGUAAAUGAAACUAAAUGGGCAUUUUCACAUGUUGUGGAGAUUAUAAAUUCCAGCUGCUCAGUUAAAUAAUUUAAGGUUCUGACUUUGUGAUUGAUUGUAAUGUUUUUGUGUGAUUGUUUUAAAUUCAAUAUGUUUUCAGAAAAUAAAGCUGUAAAUAUUUUGUUGUAACACUUCAACCUGUUAGGGAAAUUGAACCAGAGAUGGCUUAGAACAGUUACCUGCUACCCUCCCAGGGUAAGUGUUAGCCAUAGCAUUUACAAAGAGAUAUCUAUCAAACAUCUUAGAAUAGGGAGUGCUGAUUUUAUGAUCAGGUGUGCCUUUUUAAAUGCCUAUGAAUAAUAUUACAUGGGAGAUGGGACCUGAUCCUAGAUCAACACCACUACUCUGAGAUGCUCUCCUUUCCAAAUUCCACUUUACCAAUAAAGUUAUGGGCUUGUUACAUUUGUUGAGGAAUAAAAGUACAUUCAAAAGGUGUGUAGCAGGCUAGAAAUGUAUCUUUUUUUGAGAAAAGGGGAUUGGCAAGAUUAGAACUUGUGAACUUCUGGCCGCUAUCGCACUGCGUUCACUGUGGCAGUAGGGGGAAGUGCACCACCCUUGUUAUUUCACGUAUUUAAAGAGACACUAAGUACUCAUGCAGGAGAGAAGCCAUAUCACUGCUCCCAGUGUGGGAAGAGUUACACGCCCUCUUGUGUCUUAAAGAGACACUAAGUACUCAUGCAGGAGAGAAGCCAUAUCACUGCUCCCAGUGUGGGAAGAGUUACACGCCCUCUUGUGUCUUAAAGAGACACUAAGUACUCAUGCAGGAGAGAAGCCAUAUCACUGCUCCCAGUGUGGGAAGAGUUACACGCCCUCUGGUGUCUUAAAGAAACACCAGCUCACUCACUCAAAGGAGAGAAGCCAUAUCGCUGCUCCCAGUGUGGGAAGAAUUUCAGUGUCCAGCAUCAUUUUAAGAGUCACCAGCUCAGUCACACAGGAGAGAGACCGUAAGUUUGAUCUACUAUUUAUUAGGAUCCCCAAUAAACUGCUGCUGAGACAGUGGCUACUCUUCCUGGGGUCCAAACAGGAAACAAAUAAAAUAUAUACAUAGCACUUCAUUUACAUUACAAUUUAGUCAUUUAGCAGAUGCUCCCAUUCAGAGAGACUUGCAGCUAGUGCAUUCAUCUUAAGAUAGCCAGGCGAAACCACCACAUAUCACAGUCGUAUCCGAACCUUGUAUCACAUACAUAAUACAAUGCAAAAUACAUAAAAUGUCUGUGUGUCUCUUCACAGUCCCUGUCAUGCUGUCUUUUAUCUGUUUUUUUUGUCUGGUUUUAUUGCUAGCUUGAGUUGCCUGGGGUAACAGAGAGUUCCAUGUAGUCAUGGCUCUAUUUAAUACUGUGUGUUUCCCAGCCUCUGUUCUGGACCUGGGGACUGUGAAGAGAGACGGCUGGUUGCAUUUCUUGUGUUGUACAGAUGAGUGUCUGAACUGUGUGCCAACUGCUUGAACAGACAGUUCGGUACCAUCAACACCUCGCACAAAGACCUAUAGUGAUGCAGUCAAUCUCUCCUUAACAUUGAACCAGGAGAGAUUGACAUGCACGUCACUGACAUUCACGCUCCAUGUACAUAAAAGUGCAAUAUGUGCUGCUCCGUUCUGGACCAACUGUAAUUUGCCUAUGUCCUUCUUUACCGCACCUGACAAAACUAGGGCCUGUAGCACGUGUCUGGUUGACUGAGAUGUCAAGAAAUCAGGGCAACGUCUUAUCAUGGACAGACCUCUUCCCAAUUUAAGAAAGGGAAAGGGGGAUUCUACCACUGAGUCUAUGUUUUGACCAUGACAGCAUGCUAUCUAGGGUAACACCCAGCAGUUUAAUCUCCUCAACUUGCUCAGUAGCCACAUCAUUCAAAAAAAUAUGCUUUAAGGUAUUUAGCACCAGUCUAUUGCUAGUUACUCAUUAUAAAACGGACUGUAGCUCUAUGUUAAGGGUGUCAGUUAUUUAUUUUACUGUUGUAGCCGACUUGUAUACUGUUGAGUCAUCAGCGUGCAUAGACACACAGGCUUAAUUUAAGGUCAGUGGAAGGUCAUUAGUAAAAACCGAAAACAAUAAUGGACCUAGCCGGCUGCCCUGCGGUACACCACACUCAACCAAAUUUGCAUCAGAGAGGGUUCCAUUAAAGAAAACCCUCUGUGUUCUAUUAGAUAGGUAACUCUCAAUCCAUGAUAAGGCAGAGGAUGUUAAUCCAUAACACCUACGUUUGCUAUGAUCACUGUUUGAACCGUUGAAUGGUGCUUUACGGAAUGAGCGUUGCCUCCCUCCAGGCCUGAGGGCAAACUCCGUCUUCGAGGCUUUGAUUGAAGAUGUGACAAAUAGGCGCUGCAAUGUAUUCCGCUACCAACCUCAGUAAUUUACCAUCCAGGUUGUCGGUUCCAGGUGGUUUGUCCUUUGAUUUGUCCUUUGAUACUCUUUGAUUAACUGAUGUUGAAGUGCUUCAAGUUGAGGGGUUGAAGUUGAGCAGUAAUUUCUUUCACCUCUUCCACACUAACUUUGCGGACUUCAAAGCUACAGUGCUUGUCUUUCAUUAUUUGGUUCGUUAUACUUGAAUAUAAAAGCUUAGCAUUUGUUGUUUGCUUGUCAUGCUUAAAUGUUCUAAUCUUGUCAAAAAAAAGUUAUUUGUGGUUGGCGAAAUCAAAGGCUUUUAUUUUAUUUUUUAUUAUGAAGGAGCCAUCAGCCUCAAUACAAAAUGGUGCUUAGCUAGCCUUUCUGCCUAGAAAUUAAUUUAAGGUACUCAAGCUUUUUACUAGUAUUCUUUAUAUGAUUUAUCUUUGUUACAUAGUAUAGUAUUUGUUUAUUUUUGUUUAGUUACGUGAAUUUCUCAAUUUACUGUAUGUUUGCCAAUCUGCUGUGUUGCCAGACUUAUUUGCCAUUCCCUUUUCCUCCUCCCUCUCAGCCAUACCAUUUUUUCAAUUCAUCAUCUAUCCAUAGGGAUUUGGCAGUUUUAACAGUCAGUUUCUUCAGUGGCAUGUAUUCAUUGAUGCCAAGGGAAGCCAGGCUUUGCCAAAACAUUUACCAAGAAAAUAAAAUCGAAUCAUUUAUA